GAUAGUUUUACAUCAACCGCGAAUAGGACAAACUCCAAUCGAAAACGACUUUUAUGGAUAAUAAAUGUAUAAUUUCAAAUUGGCCGCGGAAAAUUUUUAGCUGACUAGUGGAUAAUAUGACUGUUGGUCACCCUAGUACAAACAGGGUACAAGUCAUAAACUACUUACUCUUGGAGUAAGUGGUUUGUGGUACAAGUACGACUAGUACCGGGGGAAGGUGUAGAAAACAAAAUUAAUGAUAGGAAACUAUUAACAACUAUAUAUAUAUCUAAAAAAAAUAGGUCAGAUUUUGAUGCCCAUAGUGUAGGUGUGCUCGAAAGAAAAUGAAAAUCAAGAAUCAACUUUUCAUUGCUGAUAAGGGAACGAUUUGAGUUUUUUUGUCUGUGGUGGUGUAGACAAAAAUAAAUAAAACCAAAAAAAGGUACAAUGAAAGAUAUUGGGGAGAGACUAAGGCUCAAGGACAAACGUUUCAUUUAUAGAUACCCUAGACUAGUUGUGGGAACAUUUACAACAACUGCAUUAUUAAUUUUUUUUUCAAAGCCCAUUUACGACAUUUGCUUUAGCAGAGAGGUGAUAGAUAUAGAAGAACUAAGAAGAACUCAUAUUUCCAGAUUGACUAAAAAUUGAGGUAUGGAAUCGGUAAAUAAAGCAAGACAACGCUACAGACAGUAUCCCGUUAUUUUAGCAAAAUGCAGCAGUGAGGCCUCAAAAUAUGCAACAUGUGUUUUGAAAACAGACAAUAUACGUAUGAAUGACUGUAGUGAAGAAUUUGUACGGUUCAAAAGUUGCUUACAGAAAACUGCCAGAACAUUGAAUACUAGAAUAUAGAACUCCAAUUAUGUUUCCUUUAUUCAAGAGAAUUGUAUGUAUUAGCUACAAGAAACAUUUGCUUAUAUCCUUGAUUAUUAGAUUGAUACUGAUUUCUUAUGGAAUACAUCACGAUCAGAUUUCAGAAGUAAAAUAUACUGACAUUGAUUACAAAGUAUUUACAGAUGCUUCACGUCACAUUGUAAAUGGGAAUUCACCAUAUGACCGCCAUACAUUCAGAUACAGCCCUUUUAUAGCAAUAUUUCUUAUUCCAAAUCUUACCAUACACCACAGUUUUGGUAAAGUUAUAUUUUCACUGGUAGAUAUUAUUGUUGGUCUCUUAAUUCGUAUCAUAGUUAAGUACAAUCUGAAAGAGUAUGAUUGUUACAAGCUAAGAUAUUUCAAGAGACUUUCAAUUAGAGAUGAGUCUCAGUUGACAGAAACUAACCAGAAAUAUGACAGAAAAAUGAAGGAGAAAAUGAAAAAGUCUAGAAAACAAGGAAUGAACAUCAUGGGUACUGAUAUACUAUCUGCAGAUGAUGUGAAUGUUAAUGCUAACAUAGCUAUGAUAUUUUGGCUGUAUAAUCCUUUGACAAUUGCAAUCGGAACUAGAGGAAAUUGCGAUUCAAUAGCAGGUUUUCUUGUUUUAUUGAGCCUUUAUUUUCUUCAGUGUAGGCAAUAUCCUUUUUUUGCUGGUUUGAUUCAUGGUGUUUCUAUACACUUCCGGUUGUAUCCAAUAAUGUACAGUCUUACUUUUUUCAUGUUUCUGAGUGAAUAUUCUUUUUAUUCUAUUGAGGACCGUAAAGAGAAAUGUUCAAUAGAAAAUAUUUCAGGUAAACAAUUAAAAAAUGUUAAAUCGAUUCCAACCUCUUUCUCAACUAAUAAUGAAAUAGUGGCUGAUGGUGAAAAUACUGUGAAUAGGAAGACAAUAUUUAGGAAGGAAUAUUUACACUAUUUAGUGCCAAAUUCAGACCAACUAAAGUUAAUAUUUGGGUGCAUUUCAUCUUUGUCUAUCCUAACUUGGUUUUUUUAUCAGUUAUUUGGUUACAAAUUUGUUUUUGAAACAUAUGUUUACCAUCUGGUGCGUAAAGAUACGAGGCACAAUUUUUCUUUAUUUUUUUAUCUGCAAUAUCUUACUGCAUGGGUAAAAAAUAUUGGCAUUUGGCAAAAAGUUUUGACAGUAUUGCCCCAAAUUAUCCUAAUUCUUGUUUUUUCAGUUCGAUAUGGAUUGAAUAGAUUUUCUUUGAAUUUUGCCAUACUUACACAGACAAUAGUAAUGGUUAUUUACAACAGCGUAUUAACAUCCCAAUAUUUCGUAUGGAUAAUGACAAUUUUGCCUUUGUGUCUAUGGCAAGUAAAAAUGUCUAUUAAAAUGGCCUUUUUCUUGUUGUUUAUAUGGUUUGUUGCACAGGGGGCAUGGCUUUUGCCAGCAUACUUGUUGGAGUUCCAAGGUCAGAACACUUUUUUCUUCAUUUGGAUACAGAGUGUAUCCUUUUUCUGUGCUAAUAUUGCCAUUUUAGGUCGUCUCAUAAUGUAUUUCAUGCCACGGAAAGAAAAAACAUGUUGAUUCUCAAUCAGAUACAUUUAAAUAUAUGGAAAUUUGUACUAUUUAUAUUGUGAAAAAACAUUUUACUAUCAGUAAAAAUUUAUUGGUAACUAAAGUAUAUAUAAUUUGAGGCCUGCUACAUGCAGUGUUAACUGAAAUUGUUUUCAAACUAAGAUUAUGUAAGGACUUUGUAAUUGAAUUUGUGCCACAGUAUACUUGUUUAAUAUUUGUAGUAAAUUGUGGGUAGCAUUAAUGUAGACUACUUGUAAAAAUGUUCAUGUUUAUUAUAUAUUCAUUUACAGUUGUCAACAAAUCAA